AAGGUGCCUCUAUAUUGCCGGCGGUCAUGGGCAAACACGGACGCGGUUCGGAUGGAAAGCGGAAGCAUACCUACACCAACAACGCAAGAAACCGGGAAUUCGGCAUGCCUUGAACUGUGUGAGGGUUGCAAAAGCUGUGAAGUAUGGUAGUAUCUAUAUAAACCUAGGUCCCCCUCGCCAUCGAUCGAGUCAAUUGCUUCUUCACCUCCCUCACCCACGCACUCUCUCAAUCUCCUAAUUUCCGGCAAAGAGUUCUUUCCCACGACCACUUGCGCGCAACAACUCUUUUCUCUCAACCCUCAAUUCACAACAGCAACCAUGCGUUCCCCCACUUGUACCAGCUCCCUCGCCUCCCUGGCCAUUUUCAUGUCCUCCCUCACUCUCAUCCUCCCCGCGGUCCACGCCAUCCCGACCCUGGACCUCCUCGGUCUCGACGACCUCCUCGGUUUCGACGACGAUCUCGGUCUCGACGACGACCCGACUCUCAACGCUACCGCCCUCCAAAUCCUCACUCCUCCCGAACCCCUCACCGUCCUUCCCCCCGACGACACAAUCACCAUCACCUCCAACUCCAGCACCAUGAGCACCCUGAGCAUCGGCACCACCGGCCCCUGGAUUGCCGGCUGCAUCCAAGUCGACAACAUCGGCACCGGCAGCCCUGCCUCCUCCAAGCACAUCCGAGAGGGCAUCAAGUACCUGCGUGGCGUCCCCGGUCAGCCACAGAUCACCCACUACGGGUGCUCGCAGGUGAGCUGCAGCUACAAGAGCGCCAUCUUUUGGUGUAACGAGGAGCUGGGGUGGGGGUUGCGAUUGAACAGUUUUGCGGAUAUUGCGGAUGGGGCGCAGGCGAUCAUGGACAGGUGCGGCAAGGGGAAGGACGUGAUGGGGAAGUCGACGACGGGGUGGGCGCCGGAUCAGCAGAAGGGGCAGCAGUGGAGUGUUGUUGUUACGGGAGGGGAUUGUUGA